CAUGAACCUAGCGGUCCGGCUCCUGCGCCUAUGUCAGGGGAAUCGAUUCCUGGAGGAAUAUGUGGGGGACCUCUGCACUCUGGCCAGCAAGGUUGACUUUAAUGAGGUCGCCCUCAAAGACUGUUUCCAUUUCGGAUUGAGUGAGCCAAUCUCCUCCAAUGCCUGGCGGUCGCAGUUCCCUUAGUCUGGUUCAGUAUAUCGACCUAGCCCUGCAGAUUACUGGUUCCACAUUCACUGUAGGGGAGGCGGAUGCUGAGCCGGAGUCCCACGUCACGGCCGACGAGCCCACGCCUGCCACGGCCAAUGAGCCAACGCCCACGCCUGCCACAGCCAACGAGCUGGAAGCCUCGUCUGUCCCAGAGCCAGCGUUGCCUACUUCGGCCAUCCGGAGGAGGAGGAGGAGGAGGAGAAGAAAGACUUUCAUUCCCGAGUCUCCGCCCAUGUCCACGACCACAGAGGUUGUUCCCAAGUCUCUACCCAUGUUCACGACCACAGAAGUCAUCUCCAAGUCUCUACCCAUGUUCACGACCACAGAGGUCAUCUCCGAGUCUCUGCCCAUGUCCACGACCACAGAGGUCGUUCCCAAGUCUCUGCCCAUGUACACGACCACGGAGGUCGUUUCCAAGUCUCUGCCCAUGUUCACAACCACAGAGGUCAUCUCUGAGUCUCUGCCCAUUUACACGACCACGGAGGUCUUUUCCAAGUCAUCCAGGACUCUUAGUCUCGAGCCUCCUAUGGUUCUGCCUUCCACGACUUUGCUCCACAUCAUGGCCGCCAAGCCUGAGUUCCACAUCAUGGCCGCCAAGCCCAAGUUCCACGUCAUGGCCGCCAAACCCAAGUUCCAGGCCAUGUCACAGCCGCGCCAGAGUCCGCUCCAGGCCAUGUCACAGCCGCGCCAGAGUCCGCUCCAGGCCAUGUCACAGCCGCGCCAGAGUCCACUCCAGACCAUGUAACAGCCGCACCAGAGUCCGCUCCAGGCCAUGUCACAGCUGAACCUCAGUCUGCUCCAUGCCAUGUCACAGCUGAACCUCAGUCUGCUCCAUGCCAUGUCACAGCAGAACCUCAUUCUGCUCCAUGCCAUGUCACAGCCAAGCCCCAAACUGCUUCAUGCCAUGUCACAAGCAAGCCCCUGCUCCAUGGUCCAGGCCCGCCUCUGCUCCACUGGGGACCUACAUCCCUGCGGCUUCGCCUUGGUCCUCAUCCCGAUUGGCUCUGCCCCUCGAGCCUCUCAUCCCCACUUUCCAUUGACUUUGCCCUGUUCCCACACCCUGUCUCACCAGGCCACGCCCCACGCCCUGUCUUGACAGACCAUGUCUCAAGGACCCCACUCCCCCCCACCCCCCCCCCCCAGCUCCUUAAUUAACUUUAUGUUUUGGGGCAUCGAGAGCCGCCCCUAGAGGGGGGGAUAUGUCAUGUUUAUGUGUUUUGUUAUUGUUUUUAUGUCUUUUAUUUUCAAGUUUAGUUCCUUUUCAUGUCAUAUCAUGUGAUUUCCUGUUCCCUCAUGCGAUAUUGUCAUGUGUUUCCCCUGUUCAUGUGUCUUGUUUUCAUUGGUUCAUUGUUUGAUUACUUUGUUAUUAGACUUGUUAUCUUGUUUAUAGUUUAGUGAUUUGGUUGUCUUGUUUACCCGUUACCCAUGUCCUUGUAUUUAAGCCCUCAUGUUUGCCAUUGUCUGGUGUCAGGUAUUGUAAAUGUAACUUUGUUGUAUCAUUUGAAGUCAAGUUAGGUCAAGUCAAGUCAUGUAAUGUUAUGUUUAAAUCAAGUUAUGUUUAAAUCAAGUCUAGUUCAUGUUUAUGUUUAGUUCAUGUUUAUAGUUAGGGUUACUGCAUUCCACGUUUGAAAAAUAA